AUGUCAUUAAGCGAUCCACUUCUUCAAGAAAUAGAAGAAGAGUUCAUGUCUCCACACUCCUCGCUUAGGCGUACAUUUGCAUUAGCUUCGCCAGUGGGCUCAUUUACAAAGGAAAGUUCCGCAGGAGGAGGCACGAUAAAGUCUACCUUGGAAAGAUUAGAAGUGCAGACCAUUUGUUCUUCACAACCUGACUCCCUUGACUCCAACGAUCCCGGAAACUCGCCAGAACUCACAAGAACAACCCAACAUUCAGAGCCUCAGACUUCGUUAGACACAUUCAGUUUGCUCUAUAGUGAUCAUGAAGAGCCACUUCCGGCAAAAUAUCCCAACACUAGUCAUAUAAACACCAGUCCCUCCCCUAAAGCAGCAAGUAUGACUAAAAAGUCGUCAGAAUCAGUCAAGAGCAUAGUUAACCCGGUACCACACCGAUUCUCCCAGUUUGUACUUGAUCAGAAAAAGAAUCCUCUCGAUGGUAUCUCCAUUGAUUCCCCAUCUUUGAAAAGUGAUUACGAAUACCGUCAGGGCACCAUCAAAUCAAAACCAUCCAUCCAGAGAGAAAGCAUUGAAAGCAGGUUAGAAACACCACCUAGAAUCAUCCGAGACAUUUCCGACUCCAUGGGAUCACAAGCAACGAUCUUCUCCAUGCGUCACCAAGACAUUGACAACCUUGUGCCAUUCAUUCAGCAACCGGAAAAAUUGUUGACUUCAUCCAUCAGACAAAGACGCAGACAAUGGUUCAAGAGAAACAAGACCCAACGAACAAGUAACGUUAGAUUGUAUACUGUCAACUCGUCCUCUUCUAGUUUACACCGUCAAAACGCCAUCAAGUUCAAAGAAGGCAGCUGGGCUUACCGUGUUAAAUUACGACUCAAAAAGUUCUUAGUCAAGUUGAAAUUCUUUAGCUUUACCGUUAGUUCUAAGCGAACCAAAUCAUUCAAGAAGAUCAAACGUACCAAUUCCACAUCAUUCAAACUGUUGAUUGGCAAUCCAUCCACCAAUCCACAACUAGGCAAGACUCCCGUGUUCAAAGUCGCCAAGAUCGACAGGACAACAUUGCCAAUCACGGAAAACCAUUUGCCGGAAGUGAGACGUAGCAGAUUGUCCGAAUACAUCAACCAACAAGAAAACACAUAUCUCAGCAACCUUCCAGCUAAAGCUGAACUGAUUCGCGGGUCCGAACCAACUGUCAAGUACGCUGAUCCUCAAAUGAAAUCACUUGAUCCUUGGAAGGCCCCUACUGCUAUUGAAGAAAUAGAAGCAGAAGCAGAAGCAGAAGCAGAACCACCCGCACCUGCACCAAUAUCCGUAUCCUCAUCAGUAUCUGCAACCGCACCACCAGCACCACCACCCCAUACUGACAACUCAUUCGUGGAAACUCAUACUAUUCCAGAAUUAUGGAAGAGUUACUUGUUGCAAGUUCUUGCUAACAGAGUCAAGCUCCGCCAGGAAAUCACCAUGUUCCAAAAGUUCCUCGUGGAUAAGGACUUGUCCAAGACCCUCAAUGACUACUUUGACACCGAGAGUAAGUUUAGCGAUAUGCGUAGUGAAAUGAAACCUUCCAAGCUGCUGGUUUACGUUGAUGAUGCCAGCACGAUUCAGUCGGUGGCCACCACUUCCAACUAUUCCUCACUUGAAAGUGAAUCGCAAAGCGAAGAAGAAUUUAACAAUAAGGUGUUGAAUAGAAGAUCAAUGCUUGGGGACAUGUUGGAAUACCUGUCAGAAGAAGAGGAAGACGACGUCGACGACGACAACGACGGCGACAACGAACCGGAACUGUCCCCAUUGGAUACAACAUCUCGAUCCAUGUCAUCUACAAGCAUGCCAACAAGAACACUCUCCAAAACAUACGGAACAAUCGUCAGAAGAAAACCAACAAUUACACGAUCAUUCGGGAUCUCUCACAGUUUAAGUGAUCUCACCGAUUCAAACGAAAAAGUAUAUAGUUUAUAG